AUGGUCAACACUGGAAAGCCAUCCAGAGGGUGUUAUCUCUGCAGAUCUCGGCGAGUCAAGUGUGAUGAGAAGAAGCCAGGCUGUGGUAACUGCCAAAGGUUGAAGCGUGACUGUCCUGGAUAUCGACCAAUCUUUGAUGUUAUGCAUCGUAAUGGAUCGAGUUCGACACAGCGCAGAACAUCUCAUGCAAUCGCAACUACAACAGCCCUUGCUACGAUUCAAAUGGCUGGCACUCAUAACAGGAGUAAAUCCGAAGCUAAUAUAAUACCUUAUGCACGAUGGAGACCAAGGCAAAACUCCUCUCCAGAGGUCCAGAGAUUGAUAGAAGCAAUACAGAAUGGAACACAAUUGGCAUGCCCGCCUUUGACAGCGGCAUUGGAAGAACGUGCAAUCUGUUUCUUUCUUUCAAAUUAUGUUUUGAUUCCUCACGGGGCAGUGAGAUGUGGCUUCCUCGGCUUUUUACUUCCAUUGAUGAAGCUUCAACCUUCGGCUGUCUUAUCAGAUUCACUGUCUGCGGUGGCGCUAGCUACCUUCGGAAAUCAACCAAAUGCUAGGACGCUAAAGCCAAAGGCCGAACAGGCCUACUUGAAGGCACUACGACAAGUCACUAACGCCAUAGGCGAUCCCAAACAAGCCUCUCAAGAUACAACACUUGCAGCGGUCAUGUUACUUGCGUUAUUUGAGACUAUGGCAUAUAGUCUCGUGAAAGAGAAUGAAGGCUGGAACACUUGGAAUUCCCAUGUGACUGGUGCAACAGUGCUUUUGAAGAUGCGCGAUGUAGAAGCUCCGAUGACUCCUUUAACUUUGGAAUUGAUAUGGACCGUAAAGGUACACUUGAACCUGAGUUGUCUCCUCAACGGAAAGCUGCUCGAUAUCCCAGCGGAGUGGAACGAAGUACUUACUAAGAGAAGAGACAAAUCCAGGGGCGGCCCGACAAUGUGUAAUCGUCUACAAUGGAAAGUUGCGGAAGCUCGUGUUGAAUGUGAUGAACUUAUGGCCAGCGCGAAACGAACUCCUCAAGAUUUCGAAAAUGUCCUGAAUUUGAUGCGAAAAGCUGAAGCCAUAGAACAAACCUACUCGGAGUGGGCAGAAUCAAUGCCAGCUCAAUGCAAUUAUAAGCCCAUAGGAUGGAUUGACGCUGUACCGGAAGAGAAAUUUGCCGAAUCGAAAUAUUUUCCGGGCAAGAUUGACAAGUAUCACGAAGUUUGGGUAGCUCAUAUUUGGAAUCUGUCCCGAGCAUCGCGAUUACUCAACAACAGUACUAUCGUCCGAUGCGCUGCCUGGCUUUGCUCGCCACAAGAUUACCGAACUACUGUGGAGUACGAGAAAGCUAUGAUAGCCGGAAAAGAAAUGAUUCGGGACAUUAUUGCCAGCGUCCCUAAUUGUCUCGGGGAAAUACCAACAGCUAUGGAUAUCAAAAUACCUUCUGAGCACAGCUUCGCGUGCGGAGAUGAAAGCGAUGUCCGUGCGAAAGGUCUAUCUGGACUUUUCAUAUUGUGGCCUUUGUUUUCCAUCGCUACUUCAGAUUUUGUAAGCAAAUCGCAAAGAACAUGGGUCCUAGGAAGGAUGAAGUAUGCAGCAGAGGAGUUGGGAGUUAGCCAAGGAUCCACUGUAUACUCAGAGCAAAAAUGUUCUGUACGAAUUCCAUCUUCGAUGUUAAAAAAAGACGGUCUCAUGCCUCCGAGGGUAGAGGAAAUCUUGAACCUUCAGAUUCCUCCUAUCCAACAAGCCUUUGGGAAUGUUGACGAAAUCUGGACCGAAAAGAACAGGAGCUAUUCUCAUUAUCCAACUCCAAGCCCAACAUCGACUUCUGCAUGUUCGCCGAAGGCCCAACACGAUUGGACAUUGUUGAACACCGAAUCUCUCGAUAUAAAUUCAAUCAACAAUUGGCCGCAUCAUACACAGUCUAAUUGGUUCAAUCCAGACUUGGAUACCAAUGUCAUCACCUCAGUAGAGCCAGCUCAACAAACGUUGGCAGUUCAAAAUCCUCAUUUAGAUUACCCGGUCGAAUCUCAACGAGACAGAAUAUACCACGAGAGAUUUACGGAAAUAUGCAAAAUAUGA